AUGACAGAAAUUACAAAAGUCAAAGAUGAUAUUCAGCAUCUUAAUAAUCAAUUAAUUAGUUAUUAUAGUUCCUUCCAACGUUUAAGUGAAGAAUAUUUGAAAAUACGAACGAAUUCGCAAGAAAUAAAUAUUAAACAAAAACGAGAAGAUAUUCGUGAUGCUACAUCUAAUGGAUCACUUGUAUGGAAAGUUGAAAAUUUCACUCAAAAAUGGAACGAUGCUCGAUCGGGACGACAAAUAUCAAUUGAGUCACCAUUAUUCUAUUCAUCACCAACUGGCUACAAAAUGUGCGCUCGAUUACAUAUGUAUGGUGAUGCUGAUGCUCAUGGUACACAUAUGUCCAUGUUUCUUGUUCUUUUGAAAGGAGAAUAUGAUGCAAUUCUAACAUGGCCAUUUAAUUUUCGAGUAACAUUUUGUUUGUUUGAUCAAACUGGUCAAGGAUAUCAUAUUGUUGAUUCAUUUGAUCCUGAUACAACAUCACCUAGUGUUUAA